AUGGACACCAAGGGCAACAACGGUCUCAUCGUCGGUCCCAAGGGUGAGACGAUAAAGCGCAUUGAGCACGAGUCCGGGGCUUACGUGAAGUGCCUGACAGAUAAGACUACGGUUGAGAUCACCGGACAUCCGGACGCGGUGCAACGGGCCAGAGAUAUGAUUAUCGCCCGACUUGAGCGACAGCCGAAGCGCCGUGAAGAGGGGUCUAGGGACGAUGGGCGCAGCUCGAUUCUCGAUAGACUCUCCGGCAAGCGUCAACGAGACGACCACGGCAGCGGCGGCGGAGACAAGCGCGCUCGCUCUGAAUCGUUGCUCGACUAUCUCCGUUCGCAGGCGAAAGAGGCGGGCGUCUUUAAGGAGUUUCCUGCCGAGUACGUCGACGACUCGAACAUGGACGAGCGAGGAAACGUCGAACAGAGCGUGAGCAUCGCCAACUACGUUGGUCUCAUCAUCGGCAGAGAGGGUCGCAUGCACACCGAUAUUCAACAACGCAUCGGGAUUCCCAUGCAGAUCAAUAAGGAGGACGAGAUCGCCGUCUUCAAGGGUCCACCCGAGAGUGUCGGUCAAGGACUCGCCCUCGUGCGCGAGGUGAUCGAGACCACAAACGCGGUUAAGGAGUGGCGAGACGCACAGGCUCAGGCCGCCAGAGCGCACGACGUCGAGGCAACAGUCGAGAUCGCCGGAUUCGUCGGCGCUAUCAUCGGCAAGGGCGGGGCGCGUAUCAGCCAAAUCAAACGCGAAGUCCGUUGUUUCUUCGAGGUCGACCGCGAAAAGGAAGUUGUCAACGUUCGAGGACCCGCGGAGAAGGUUGAGCGAGCGAAGCAACUCAUCUCUGAAACCAUCGAGUACGUUUCGCAACGCAACCAACAACAAGACGAUACCGCCAUGCCCGAGGCCGGUGAGGUCGACGCCGAGGGCAAUGCGAACGCGUGA